AUGGCUCGCCAGAACUCGUUCGCCAGUUCCAACCCUCCAGCCACAGAGCUUGUAACCCAGAACACGACAGCUCGUUAUCUCAAGCGGGCAAGGCUUCAGCGCCUCCUUGAGCAGCUCUUCCCCGGCCACACUCAAUUCUCCAUCGAGGCAAGUGCUCCGAUGCAGUGCCCAGCGACAAGUCCCUGGUCAAACAAGAAGCUAACCGGCAUUGGACUGCAGAUGAAGGACGACCAGUGGUGCUUCUCCGCUCCACGAAAAGUGUCCGAUGACGACAUCGACAACGUUAGAGACGAGUAG